AUGGAACAUAAAACUUUAAUUCUGAGGCUUGUUAAGGUGGGCAUGUACAUGGUCAUACUUGCGCAGAACACCAGACACGUACAAGGACUGACAUGUAUGGAGUGUACCAAUAUUGACCUUGAUGGGACUUCAGCUGGGAUCUUUGUGAAUCCAUUUCUAAACAUCAUCCCUGGCAUCAGAAAUGAAAACUGUAAGGCACCCACCUCCCAGACAGACAUUGACCUAAUCACGUGUCCAGAAAACCCAGAAACUGGGCAUCAUGUGUAUAGAUGUGGGGCCUACAAGGGGAAAAUCAACAUUGCCAUUGCGGGAGGCAUAUCAAAUAGCUCUCUAAAUAUAAUAGAUCGUCAGUGUGUAUUGAUCUACCAAGGCUUGGAUAGAGGUUGUCACCCGCAGUCCUUUGUCGAAGAAGAUGCGUCCGAUUUUCAGAAAAUAUUUGCAAGUCUUGAAAAUCUAGGAGCUGUGGAGUUCGAAGGAGAUAUCUGUUUGGCUGAAGAUAACGAUGCUACUCCAGCCCCUAACUGUAGCAGCAAUAUGAUAGUUCAGUCCCUAGUCUUUAUCCUCACCACUUGUUUUAUAUGUAUAUUUUUGUCAUAA